AUGGGCGAUAAAGUCGAUCUGCUGACUCUGAGGGCUCUUCAGCGAAUGAUGUCUUCCAGAUGCGGGGCAAGCCCAAACGGUAUCCUCCGAAGCGGCAUGGUGCUGAAUUUACGAUUGGCUUGCCUUAAUAACUUACUGGCUCUUGAAGUCUCGGAAGCAGUCAUGCCAUGGUCUAUGUCAGCCAUUAAUUCUACAGCUUGUACAGCUGCAAAUGAACUCGUCAUUGCCUUCGGGUCAAAGACUCGCGAAAGGAGCGACCGCAUGUUUGAGGUGAGCGCCCCCGGUGGUGACGGAAUGGUUGAUGUCGUCGAAGAAAGCAGAAGGAACCACAACGAGAAGAUUCCCCGAAACUACGUAUCCGAGCUCGAGACGGAGAUUGAGAGGUUGACUCGGGAGAACCGAGAACUGAAAGCACGAGCUCAGUCCACUUGGAUGAAUGGUGAAAUGCCUGCUCCCCAUGGAUGCUCCCGGCAAGGAAGUGUUGGUUCUGGAGAACAUUCAACAUCAAGUCCGGCUGGGUCAGAUGCGAGUUCGAACCACGUGCAAAACUUGGUAAACAGCGUCAAGGAUAUUGUUGUUGAGCCGUCAAGACAGCCACGAUUUUUGGGUCAGAGCGGUGGUAUCACUCUCGCCAAAUUGGUCAUAUCAGCAAUCCGCGUCGACGCCUUACCUUCACCCUUGCUUACCGAGAAACGCUCAUAUAACCCUUCUUCUGUUUCAAUGGCAACAGAGGCUUCUCUUCCACCGCGUCAAGCCGCGAAUCACCUGGUUGACGUUUAUUUUCAGUAUCACACACCCCACCUGCCCAUCAUGGGACGUUCAAUGGUCAAUGAGGCCAUAGAGAGCGCAUACCAGGCUAUGAAUGGCCAGCAGCUUCCAGACCGACCGAUAGAGAGGGACAUUUUCAUAUCGUUCAUGAUCCUCGCCAUCGCCCUCUGCGACGUUUCAAACCCAUGCGGAGGUCGACCCAGUCAGAGUGAAGGAUGCUUCGGGUCAGCAAUAGGUUGGUAUGAAAAGGUCGUCGCGAACUCAAAGAGUGAUAUCGAGACCCUCCGCACUAUCCUUUUGCUGGCUCAAUUCGUUGCACUGUGCCCGUCUCGAGGAAGUCUGUGGCAUUUGACUGGCACCGCGUUGCGAUUAUGCAUUGACAUAGGCUUGCAUUGGGAAAGCGAAGAGCAUACAAUGAACAUGGAUCCCACCAUAUUGUACGAUCGCCGACGUCUCUGGUAUUGCACAUACCAACUUGACCGUAUCUUAUGCAUCACGCUCGGUCGCCCGUUUGGUAUCAUCGAUGAAAGCAUUCGUGUACCACUUCCAAAUCCUUGGGCUGUCUAUCGGGGGCUAUCUCACAGCGAAUGUACCGAAUUUGAUAUCCAUAGCCAACGAGCUCACAACCACCUAUUUAUCUUAUCGAAGAUCGAGUCUGAGAUCAAACAUGUGCAACAUAGCCAGACUUGGGCUCCGAAAUUAGCCUACCCUAGGGCAAACUAUGCGGCAUGGGUUCAGGAUAUUCAGCCCCGUCUUGAGGAAUGGUACGCUACGAUUCCACAAACUAACAGGGCCCACCCAUCAUCUAUAUUCGCUCAUCAGGCUUAUUGGGACUAUAUCUUCAAUAACGCCAUUCUCUUAUUGUACCGACCCAAUUCUACAGGAUCACAAACGUCUCCAGAAGAAAAGGUUCUCUCUUUCAAUGCCUCUUGUCAGUUGAUUGGAAGUAUCAAAAUCUUGCAGCGAAAAGGGAAGAUUGAUAUACUCUGGAAAUCUGCUCAUGAUCUGUUCAUGGCGGGUUUGGGAGUUAUAUACAGCCUUUGGCAGUCGAGGGAAGUACGGGACGGGAAUCCUGCUGGGAGCAGCAUUUCCACCUUACAAUCCUGCGCCUCGACACUCUCUGCACUGGCUGAGAGCUUCCCAGGGGUCGCAGGCUGUCGAGAUGUGUUUGAGACUUUAUCAUCGGCGACAAUUGAUUGGAUCGUCAAUGAUAAUGCAGUGGAACAACAAGAGGACCGCCGGAAGUUCGAGAAACAAGCAGAGGACCUGAUGCUGCUGCUGCAGCAAACUCAUGGAAUAAAUGAAAAUAUUGGAAUGGACACUUCAGGCGUUUUCUCGGCUGAUAGCUUUUGUUUCGGCGAAAUGCUUAGCAGCGCUGCUCAAUGGCCCAAUACCGAGGACAACGGGCUGAAUGAUGUGAGCUUUGACCCAGUGGUAUGA